GUGCCUGCGCGUUGGAGUCCGCGGCCCGCGCGGCCCCGCCAGCCUACCUCUUGGCGGGCGGGUGGGCUGGGCGCCCCCGGACCCAUGGUCUCCAGUGUAGCGCGGGGCGGGCGAUGCCAGCAUGCCAGGAGAGGCUGUGAGAAAUACAGGUUUUAGUUCUGGGUGUUGCAUCUGAUAGGGAAGGAUUCACAGGCGCCUUCUGCCCAGGGUCUGACUCCUACUCAAACUGCCUGAGGAAUAAACGAUCUCUCUGACAUUAUGCACUAACACCAGAAUUCCCAGAAUCUGUGACUCCUUACACACACAGGAGCCAUGUUUGACCAGUACUGUGGGAAAAUCGUAUUCAUGUUGGAGGCUCUUGUGAGGAGAUGAGUUGGUGAACAGAGAAGCUGGCAUGAAGAUGCUCCCAGGAGUGGGUGUAUUUGGGACCGGCAGCUCUGCCCGGGUUUUGGUUCCGCUACUGAGGGCAGAAGGGUUCACCGUGGAGGCCCUGUGGGGAAAGACUGAGGAGGAGGCAAAACAGCUUGCCGAGGAGAUGAACAUCACCUUCUACACCAGCCGGACCGACGAUGUCUUGCUACAUCAAGACGUGGACCUUGUGUGCAUCAAUAUCCCCCCUCCACUCACCCGGCAAAUAUCUGUGAAGGCUUUAGGUAUCGGGAAGAAUGUGGUUUGUGAGAAGGCAGCAACCUCAGUAGAUGCCUUCCGGAUGGUGACAGCCUCCCGCUACUAUCCACAGCUGAUGAGCCUGGUGGGGAACGUGCUGCGCUUCCUGCCUGCCUUCGUGCGCAUGAAGCAGCUGAUCGCGGAGCACUACGUGGGCGCAGUGAUGAUCUGUGACGCCCGCAUCUACUCAGGCAGCCUGCUCAGCCCCAACUACGGCUGGAUCUGUGACGAACUCAUGGGCGGCGGGGGUCUACAUACCAUGGGCACCUACAUUGUGGACCUGCUGACCCACCUGACCGGCCGGAGAGCAGAGAAGGUGCAUGGGCUCCUCAAGACCUUUGUGAGGCAGAAUGCGGCCAUCCGUGGCAUUCGGCACGUCACCAGUGAUGACUUCUGCUUCUUCCAGAUGCUCAUGGGUGGGGGUGUAUGCAGCACAGUAACCCUUAACUUCAACAUGCCAGGAGCCUUUGUGCACGAGGUCAUGGUAGUGGGCUCCGCAGGACGUCUUGUUGCCCGAGGAGCUGACCUCUACGGGCAGAAGAACUCUGCCACACAAGAGGAGCUGCUCCUGAGGGACUCGUUGGCUGUGGGUGCGGGGCUGCCCGAGCAGGGGCCCCAGGAUGUCCCACUGCUCUACCUGAAGGGCAUGGUCUACAUGGUACAGGCCCUGCGCCAGUCCUUCCAGGGGCAGGGGGACCGCCGCACGUGGGACCACACCCCUGUCUCCAUGGCCGCCUCCUUCGAGGAUGGGCUGUACAUGCAGAGUGUGGUGGACGCCAUCAAACGGUCGAGCAGAUCCGGGGAGUGGGAGGCUGUGGAGGUGCUGACGGAAGAACCCGACACCAACCAGAACCUGUGUGAGGCACUCCAACGGAAUAAUCUGUGAGCCUGCACGUGGGCUCCCUGUCACGGGACAGAGGGGCCGGGGAGGGACCCGAAGCCGAGACGGGAGGGCUUGGCCACAGCACAGACCAUGUCUUUCAUUUCACCAGUCACCUGGGCAGGGUCCAGGUCAAGCCCCCUCCAAUGCUCAGUUACUCCUCAGACUUGCAGGGUGGUGAUGGAGCUGAGGGCCACACAGCGUACCCCGGGUGGAGCAGUCCCCCGGUUUCUGCAUAGUUGUGCUGGUGAGCAGAGCCAGCAAGGGUUUAACCUGGAGGCUGCUUUAGCCUAUUUGUGGUCCUAACUAGGUGAGGAAGCGAAGCAAGGACCCAGCUUGGCUGAUUCCUCGGGCCUGAGGAGAAAUGACAAGAAGCCUUGCUCUCCUGCCCUUCCUGGGGUAGGGCAUCUCAGGAAUGGUGAGGGCAUCGAGUCAUCCCUCAGGGAUCUGCACCUGCCCUCCUUCCCAUAUGACCAGGCCCUUCCAGCCCUUAGGCUGCCCCUUCCCUGGCAGAGAGGAGGAAUUCUUCAUUAGGUAACCUCUCAGGGGCUGUUGACCAAGGGCAAAAGGCCCAUUAUUUGGCAGUGAGGAGAUAGGGAGAGUUCUGGAAUAUCUGAUAAAUGUUAAUAAAUAAAUCAGAAAGUCUGACACUA